AUGGCAGACAAUAUAGCCGCAUCCACUAAGCCCGUUCACACAAUCGUGCUGGACGCUGGCCCGAUUCUCAAGAAUACCCCGCCGCUUUCAACCCUCCUUGCCCAGUGCGACGAAAUUAUCACCACCCCCUCAGUGGUCGGCGAGAUCCGCGAUCCCGAUGCCCGCGCACGUGUUGAGACCCUCUACCUACCUUUCUUGAAACAGCGAUCCCCCACACCCAAGAGCUUCAAUAUCAUCAGCGAAUUUGCUCGCAAGACCGGGGACCGUUCUGUCCUGAGUAGAACCGAUAUUGAGGUCCUCGCCCUCGCGUACGAAAUUGAAUGCGAAAAGAACGAUGGGGAUUGGCGGUUAAGAAGCGUUCCUGGACAGAAGCAAAUCAAUGGAAAGCCGCCUGUGAAGGAGGAAUCCGAGGAAGUCAAGCCCGAGGAUGCGGAGGUGGAAGCCAUUACGGAGGGAGUGAAGGAGACCACAGUCGCAGGUGCCCAGGAAGAGUCUCCAGGGGAGGAAGAAUCCGCCGCAGCGAUCGACGCCGACGAAGUCGCCGAGUUUGCUGUUGCGGUCGCCGAAGAAGAAGAGAAGGACGAAGAUCAGGAUGCGGAGGAUGAUGCUGCCGGUGAUUCUGACGACGGAGAAUGGAUCACACCGUCUAACUAUAAAAAGCGUCUUGCUAAAGACGAGUCGGGGACAGCAACUCUUACCGCUGCGCCCAAGACAAUGCAGUGUCAAAACGUUCUCCUGCAAAUGAACCUCAAUCUUCUGUCUACCACCACCCUCCAGAAGAUCCAGCAUCUUAGAACCUUCAUUAAGCGCUGCCACGCUUGCUUCUUGACCACAAAGGAGAUGAACAAGCAGUUCUGCCCUCGCUGUGGCAAGGAUACACUCACUCGUGUCUCAUGCACGACCACUGCCAAUGGCGCAUUCACAAUGCACCUGAAGAAGAACAUGCAGUGGAACAAGCGCGGCAAUGUAUACAGCGUUCCCAAGCCGAUCGCAGGCAGCGCGAACGGCAAGUGGAAGGGCGGCGGUGGCCAGCGAGGAUGGGGUACUGAGCUUGUCCUCGCCGAAGAUCAGAAGGAGUAUGUCCGCGCCAACCAGGAAGAAGAGCGGAGGCAGCGUCGCGAGCGUGAUCUCAUGGACGAAGACUACCUGCCUGGUAUCUUGACCGGCGAGCGCAACAGGGCUGGCGGUCGUACCAAGGUCGGUGCUGGCCGCAAUGUCAACUCGAGAAAGCGCUAA